AUGCAUAUAAUAGAACCGAUUACUCCAAAUAAUGGAAUCAAUUAUUUUAGUAAUGAUGUCAAUUCAUUCAUUCUCGAAUACAGUAACGUGACAGAUUUGGGGCGAAUUCUUUCAAUCUCUUCAAUACUGCUCAACCAUUAUAAUGAACUCACACAAUUCCUGUUCCUUCACUUAAAUAUGAUUUAUAAUAAUAAAAUAUAUGUUGAUGAACUGUAUAAAAUUGCAUAUGAUUAUUAUCAAAAACUAUUUUAUUUGAUAUUCGUUAAGGAUAAAACAAAAAUAAAUUUACCUCAAGAUACAGAAUUGACCCAAUUGCAAAACACAUUAAGAAGCAAUUUAAUCAACGAUGUUUCUAUUAUUAGAAUCCGAAAAUAUUUACAAAAUAACGUGAAUCUAAACGAAACAAGGAGUUUUCUCGAGGUCAAUCAAGUUCACACGAGAGAUAUUGAUUUGUUUACAAAUUUGAACAAUACCCUUAUUAUUGAGUAUGGACCCUUUAAUUGCUCUGAGCUAAAAUACGCAAAUUCUAAUAAUUGUAUCGCAAUAUACCCAAGGGUAGGUUCAGAGUUUGCGACCUUUAAUAUCGAAAAUUUGGCUCAAAAUUGUUCCUCUGUUAAGGAAUCUUUGUUGUUAAAUGAGCUUCCUAAGUUUAGUGAAAUUAUUGUCUGCAUACCGUCACAGGAUUUUAAUCAAUUAUUGCCACUUUUUGUUAUUUUGGUGAUGCAUUUUAUUUCUACUGGAGUACCUAUACCCAGUAUAAGAGCUUGUCAGGUAAAUAUUCAAGAUUUGGUUAAACCAAAUGGAGGUUCAAAGAAAGUAUCUAAACUUAAUCCAUUCAAGAAUUUUAAUAAUGAUAUUAUUGUGGGAUUGGAAAACGAAUAUAAUUCAUGUUACAUGAAUUGUAUUAUUCAAUGUCUGCUAGAGGUCAAUGAGCUAUCCUCUAUAUUGAUAUCUAAUUCCUUUUUGAAUGAUGUUGACUACUCAAAUCCCAAAAAUAGUAAAGGUAUGAUUAUAACUGCUCUAGCAAAUCUGGAGCAAACAAUGUUAAAUACUUCAAUUAACAAUAAACUUUCCAAUCAAUCAAAGUUUUGUUCGUGUCUUCAAUUGAAGAAAUGUUGUGGAACAAUGAAUCCAAUGUUUAACUCUAAUCGUGAAGAAGAUUGUUUGGAAUUUUGUGAGUUCUUAAUUAAUUGCUUGCACGACGAUCUUAAAAAGGGUACACCAAUGGGUGCUUCUUUCGACAAACUGAACAAUAUUCAUAAUCAAAAAAGUUUCCAAGAACAAGCAUUUUCAUCAUGGUCUUCUUACCUUGAAAAGGAGUCCAAUCUUAUGGUAGAGCUCUUUCAAGGUCAAAUGGCAUCUGUUUUACAAUGUCAGUAUUGUCUAUGUCAAUCAAACACAUUUCAAAUAUUUUCCUCAUUAUCACUAUCGUUACCUGCUCAUCCGUCAUGUUAUAUUCAUGAAAGCAUGAAUCAAUUUUAUAGAUCAGAAAAUUUAAUAGGGAUUAACGAAUGGGAAUGUUCCAAUUGUAAAACCAAGAGGCCUGCAACGCAGAGACUACAGAUUACAAAAUUUCCAAAAAUAUUAAUUAUUCAAUUAAACAGAUUUAGUAAUUACAUGAACAAAAACACUUGUUAUGUAAAAUAUCCUCAUAUUCUAGAUUUGACAGCGUAUAGUAAUACAGAAAGUAUCAUACCCAAAUAUUCUUUGUUUGGCGUGACUUGUCAUACAGGAACAAUGGAUGUUGGACAUUAUUCAUCGUAUGUGAAGAAACAAGAUGAUACGUGGUGGUACUUUGAUGAUACCAAGUCUAGACCUGUACAUUUUGCAAAUGAGUUCAUAUCCCCAGAUGCAUAUAUUUUAUUUUAUAAAAUGAUUAACUAA